AUGAAGGUAAGAGCAUGCAUUUUCUCUGGCUUCCCACGCGUUGCAUUAUCUUGUUUGUCUCUCAGCAUUGGUACAUGGCUGGUGAGUCAGCACAGAAAAGUCCAUGGCUGUUGGCCAUUUGGUGUCUCCCCCUCUUCUUUCUGUUGGCCAGACGGAGGGAGUGGCGUCCCCGACUGCACGCCUGGGGCCGAAGCGAAGGAAUGCGACAAGGCCAACUGGUCGCUGAACACUCUCACCGAUGUGGGCCAUUUUCCUGAUACGGGGGAACCCCAACCAGACCUCACACUAAAGACACUGCCGGAUCUGGUCGGGGCAACCGUCACCAUCAAUGAUGGUGACAAACAAACCAAAACUCACAGCAAAGCACGGGUAUUAUGCUCCAUCUAUCGCGUUCUUAGGGGAGAGUGGCUUCUGGACGGCAAACUUCCCCGUGAAAACGCACAACAAGGCCGCAGGAAAGAUAACGAUCGGUAUGCGUGCAUACAUAGCCGCAGCGAGGGAGAGACACACGUGUCCUGGCACUCCCUUCUUGUAUCACUUGCCUCUUUCCGUGUCUCGGUCCUUUCCCUUUAGAGGGCGAGUUCUACGCCUUAACCCGUGACCACAAAGGAAUACGGGCCUACUCCCACUAUUUCGUACAGAACAAACUGUCGCUGCUUGACAGCGCAGAAGAGGUCAACAGAGACACACGAACAGAUUUACACUGUCUGCCCAAACAUGUCUCGCCCUCUUCAGUAUUGGUUUGAUGAGGCAACGAGCACCCUCUACGUGUGGAAAAAUGACGACGCACAAUGGAGCGACAUUGAGAUCUCGACAGACGCAGAGGACCAAAAGGUGGCCCUCGACAUCACCGGCAAGUCGCACUGGGAGCUCAGCGGCAUCACAUUUUCUUUCUUCCACACCAUCCUGCACGAGAGCUAUCGCCCCAAUACGCCAUCGGAGUUCGUCAAGAUCGACAAUUGUCACUUCCACACAGCGGUGUACGGCCUGCGGCUCCUCCGCGCGGGCGACCCGACGAAGCCUUUGAAGCAGACAAGAUUCUGGACUGUGACCAACAAUGGUGAGCGAGGCAGAUGAAAGACGAAUAGAGACUUCGUUUGUGUGAUUCACUGUUCCCCGUUUGUGCAGAAUGGUCGCACAUUGACGAGACGGCAGUUUUUUCAAAGCCUUUAGCAGAAAUGGGCGCGCCAGGAAGAGACCCCAAAACCGGUAAGGGCUUAUUCGGGAACACAUAUAGACAGAUAGUGAAAGCAUCGAUCCCUCUGCGCUGUCAGGCGUCAGUGUCAUCAGAGACCUCUAUUUCGCAAACAAUCACUUCCACCACAUCGGGUUCGCAUUCGAGAACCCCUACUUUGCCGGCCGUCACGCGCCGGCCGCAGUGUCCUUCGCAUCGGCGACAAAUAUCACAUUCAUCCACAACAACAUCGAAGUGAGCCAUGGCAUGCGAGCAGCCACACCAGGCAAAAGGGCAGUCAUCGAUAUCGAAUUCUCCUGUCCAUACAUCAGAUAGUGGGGGGCUAUGCAGCCCAGAUGCGAUAUGGCCAGCAUGCCGCAGACGCGUUUGUAUAUCCCGACAUCCAGCCGUCUGCAUACGGUGAUAACUUGAUGGCACGCAACACGUUCCAGCGAGCCUGCGAGAUGAAGGCGGACUGCGGGACUGUCUCGAUCUCUGGGAGACCGCCAUUCGGCAACCUCUUUUCGUACGUAGGAUGGGAAACACACUUACACAGGCUGGCUCGCUGGCUGGCUGCAUCACCCUUUCGUGGCCGUUUGUUUGUUGCUGUUUUUGUAGGAGAAUGUAAGCAAAACCGUCCAUGGUUCACCACUGUGUCGGGCCGUCCGUCCAUUUUCGUACGUGUUGUGUGUAGGUGAUCAGCAACACUUUCGGAUGGACGGGCGCUGGCCACCAUGGCCGGAACAUGGGCGGGGCGGGAAGCGGAAUCUAUCAAGAAUACAUCUACGGGGUUCGUGGGGGACGGACACGUCUCCGCCACAAACUGUCGUCGUCUCUAUUGCUUUUGUCUCUGUGAAUUUAUCACAUGCUGUGUCUUUGCAGGGAGUGUUCCUGAGGAACGUGAUCUUCAAUAUGGAAGGUGCGUGUUGAUUACAUAUCUGUGACGGACGGUGCAUUCAUUGUGCGUGUCUGCCCUUUCUGUAUCUGUCUUUGCCUGUUCAGAGAAGGGCGUGACAUGGCACGGCAAUGAAGAACAUGUACAGUAACAGGGCCGAUAUAUGUGCAAGAGAUGCGCAAGGUCUCAACUCCUGCUGUUUAUCUGUGCUUUGACUGACAGGACACCGAGUUCUUCUUUCUCAACAACCUGGUGCGACACGGUGCAUCACUUUGGAUACCUUCACUCUGUCCCCGCUGUGUGACAGGUCGCCCGUGCCGGCAAAUGCGCCCGGUCACGGGAGCGCCACCUCAAGCAGCCGCUCUCCAUCACCAUUCAGAAUGACCUCUUCGUCGACUGCGACAUCGGCAUCAACCUCGCCGCGCCCUCUGGAGGGACAUUCCCCCGGGAAUAUUAUGACGUUGACUACAAUCUCUACAUGCUCAUGGACCCCGACGCGCAGAUCGUGAGAGUGGGUCAUAAGCCGGGGACCGAGACCUUCGAGAGCCUGGCUGCACUCCGGGAGGGGGAGAGCGGCCGAUGGAUUGAGGGAUGGGAGACACACGGAAGCGACACGGUGGAGGUGGGGGUGGGCUACAAGGCGGCGAAGCUGCCCCCACGGACAGGGCUGAAUGACAGAAGGUUUCGCACAUACGAUCCAGGUAAGUAAGUUGCCGCGUGUGCUGCGCCAUGUUGAUGUCGCAGCCAUCUGUGCGGUCAGCUUGGUUCGCGCCGACGUCAGCUCAGCUGGAUGCAUCGAAUCCAUCCUUCCCUGGCGAGGUGGAGCGCCUCCUGAGACAUUUUGACAUCUGCAUACCGCUAGCACAGGAGCACUCGGUAAGACAGACACACGCCACCUACCCAGCCAUGCUCCGUGGCUCACACCUGCACCCACUGAUUCAUUCUACGUGUGCAGAACCUUCCGAUCGGCCCUCACUCAGACGGAGCCAAGUGCUUCAAGGUACCCUCCAUCACUCUGUAGAUGUUUGUGUCUCUUCUCGUAUCGGGUCGGUGCGUGUCCCAGGGGAUCGGCUCGCUUGACGGUGGGCUGACAGUGCCGACGUCUCUUCCAGCAGCCGGCGGCGGAGAUACGCCGCCCAUUGGCCCCUACGAUGGUAAUCCGACAAAUGGCGAUGGUGAUACGACUAAUGGCGAUGGUGAUGAUACUGUGGACCAACUCGACUCAGCGGCGAGGCGAAGUGUCGUGGGCGCAAUUGUGCCACUUCUGCUGGCCCUUGGCCUCUAUGGUUAGCUAGGACGGAUGUGUGUCUCUCUGGCUGGUUUGGUU